CAGGAAAUCUUUGGUGGUUGUAUUUUGAUCCUGAUGAUGAAUCAUUUUGUUUAGCUUGUCAACAGAUAUUCACCUUCAGUUCACAAAUUAUGAUUAAGAGCCUGUGUGUGAGCAAUUCCCAAUGAAGUAUCAGGCCAUGGAUUUCAAAGCGAGAUUUUGAUAAGAAUAUAUCAAAAAUAACUUUCAACUCUCCAAUAAAAUAUAUUUUUCUUCUCAUCACAACCACAAAACUGCUGAAAGAUGGAUCACUCACCCAAAGAUAUCAGGCAUAAUGGGAUUGACUUAAGGUGUAAGUUCUUCACAUACAUCUGUUUUAUAUCUACUGUUUUUAUGAAAGUACUAAUACUAUCCAAUAAAAGCAGUCCUUUGGAACAACUCAGUUACUCAGACCAAUGGAAGCCAAGAAAGUUUGCAGGUUUGUGAGUGAAAUCUGUCGAUAGCCAUAUGCCUUAUAAAAGUUCUAAUUUUGUCCAAUUGAGCAGCAAACAAUUCGAAAGACCGAAGUCUCAGCGUACUAAAACUCAAUUUGGCUACCGGUGUGUCGUAACCUUUUGUCACCUUGUUUGAGCUUGAGCCAAUUUUGUUUUCCUUGCUAACAAUAAGAAGGAUUAUCUAAUAUUCGAACCAAAGUUGAAGAAGAGCACAAAGGUUUGUUUUACCUCUGAUUGAAUCGAAUCUUAUUGUAAUUAACCUAUUGUUCAGAAUUUUUUGAAUUGGUCGCGCAAGGACAGGUCUUCAAAAUGCAACCAACUCAGGAAUUUGCAUACAAUAUGAUGCGUGGUAAGGGUCUUGGUGCCCUGCCCGUAUUUCCACCACCGCGAGCUUCCACUCAAGAUGAGGAGGAUUACAGACCAAUUGAGCAUCUUGAGGAGUAAGUCAUCCAUCCAAUUAUUUGUUGUUAAUCCUAACCUUCAUUCACUAGUAAUCUACAAUCUGGCGUCAAGUACUAUAAAGUCGCUUCGAAAUCCGGUUUUAAAAACGCUGCAGCUGCUCAAUACCUUGCGGAAGGAGUCAAUCAAUUGGUUAUUAAGGAGCGUCCGAGAUGUGAAAUUGUUUUUGAUCAAAAAGGUGACGAAGGGGAAACGAACAAUCACUACAAGGGCAAACAGGUUUGGGGAAAUUUUGGUUACCUCUUUGUUAAUGGAACCUGGGUAGAUCCUGAUAGUGAGAAGGAUUUAGCGCGUGCAUUCAAAGGCUAUCCGGUGCUCUCACUAGACGGACUCGAAGGUGCCAGGGCCGAGGAUCCGCGAAUCAUGAGUCCAGCUCAAAUGGAGGAAUUUUAUGACUUCUUUAAUGAAUAUGUCUCUGAUGAUGAAGGAGAUUCUCGAAACAAUCGCUUGUCAGUAAAGGAUUUUCAGAAUAUGGUCCGUGGUACAGCCAGUGAAGGUAAAGGUGAUACUUGGGCUAAAGCAGUCGUCGCCCCACAAGUAAGAGAUCUAAUUGCCUUCAGGUUUCAGGUAGCUAAUAUUUCCUGAACUAGGAGAAAUAUACAGAAAGACCUAGGGAGCCACGAAAUCCUAAAACACAAACUGACAUGUUGCCACCGCAGAUAGAUAAAGAUACUGGUAGUUAUUACUCGGGAUAUGGAGGUGACAAUUCUGACACGGCCAGCAUUCUGCUUUCCGCAGCAGGUUACUAUCUAUCCAUUCCUGUGAUUAUUUCUAGCAUCUAACAUUAUUUUUACAGGCGUUGAUAUCCUUCAAAGACCUGAACACUUCAAUCGCAUGGACCCUCAAACCGAUAUGAACAUACUUGCUGAGGCAUAUGGUAGUCCCAAUGCUUUUAAAGAUGACAGUGGUUGGUCUGAUACAACGUCCCUUCCUAUUUUCAAUACGGUAUGUUUGAAUCUACUUCACCCUACCCUUUUAUCCUUGUGGGACUGAUAAUCAGAUAGAAAGCAGCUGCUAAAGCUAUCACUUGGGAUUUACCUAAUCUUACCGAUGAAGAACGCGAGGCGGGCUUAGCAUAUAUUACGUCGAGAGGAGAGGCACAUUUUCAACAUAGCCAAGUGAUGGCAAAAAACAGAGACGAGCUUAAAUCAGACAGGAUGAUUGCCUUCAGUGGAUUGGCAGGUUGUAUGAAGGAGCUUUUCUUCAUCAAGCAGUGGUUGAACAAUAAUCCCUUCAAAGCCAACGAUGAAACCCGCAGAUUGGUUGAUUCUAUUUCUUUGGAGGCACCAUUCAAACGCAUUGAACGCACCAUGAUCAGCAACAAUGAUCCUGCUCCUGUCGCUACUACUGAUUCAUAUCUCGGACUCAGUAAUCAAGACCGUACUUAUAUGCGUCUGAUCAAUGACAUUUAUCAAGACACCAAUAAUCUUACCCUACAUCUUCAGAAUCAGGCUAUGGUCUGGGAUGCUACCAAAGCUGAGAUCGAGGUAAAGAUUGGCGAAUACUUUGGCUUGCGGGAGAGAAUUAUGGCGGUUUCUGGUAUGACUAACGAUUUUAUUCAAAGUCUCAUCCCUGUCAGUGCUCCUCGAACUCCUCGAAUCAACUUUUAGGCUUCCUUUGGCUUGGUCAUAAUUUCAUUGCCCCUUGUGCUCUGGCACUCCAAGUCAAUCUCGCUAUCUUGGAUAAGGUUUUGCCUUCGAAUUUCGAAUUUACGUGAAUAGCCCCGUCUCUACCCGAUUUAACAGCCUAGUCUUCAAUACUUAUCUUCCAAGGAACCAAAACAUUCGAGCUCCUGGCAUUUCUCCAUUGUUUUUACUUUCAGCAGAACGAUAUACACGUUGUCUCUUGAUUACAGAUCAAUUGCGUUAUACUGCUUUAUGGCUUUGGGGAUAAAUGGACUCCACGAUGGCUAUUAGUGUAUCUCGUCCCAAUCUACAAUACGGCGCAUACGUUGCUUCGUCUAUCCUGGAGCUACAGGUUCGCUACGUCACGGAUUGGAUUGUAUUUGUAUGGCUUUGCUUUUGCUUCUCUUGCAAUCAUGAUACCCGGUAUAUUUCAUGGAAUGGAU